AUGUCGAGCCAUCCCACUGCAGGAACCACGCAGCCGCGUGUUGCCGCACUUGCUCAUGGCCUUAUGGCCUCCUUCACCUUACCGCUGCAAGUGCCAAGUACCGCCGUAGCCAUCCACGAAGGCACCACAAUUCACGGCUACCUUAAUGCCGUCCCGGGUCAUGCCUCCAUCUUGGGGCAAAUCUAUUCGCUCCCUCCAUUGUUGUCACACUUGACGUAUGCACCCGUGUACACGUCCAAUGGAGCCCUAGCCCAUAUGCCUUUGGGACCAAUGCACGCAACUCUUCCCAAACCAUGCAAUUAG